AUGGAUAAAAGCCAAGGGAUGGCGAAUAAUUAUGAUAUGAGAAAUACAGCAAACUUCCCUGGCUCAAACAUCCUUAAGAUUGAGCCGAUAAAAGUUCAUACGCCUAAGAGAAACGGAUAUCAAUCUGAAACUGAAUACGCUUUAGGAUCAGCUGAUCAAAUUCCUGUAAACAUUCAAAUACCAAGUGUUAAGUCAGAAUCAGAUAGAAUUCCUAUCAAAGAUCGAGGUAUUGACUUAGCAGAUCAACAUUCUUUCCCGCCAAACAAAAAUGAAUCAAUUCAAUCAUCGAGCAAACGUUCCCAUCAUCACCACCAUCGUCACAGAUCAGAAGGCGAUAAAAAUUCAAAUAAUAAAUCUUAUACUGAAAAAUCAGCAAAAACAGAAAGCACUUAUGUCGUAAAUCAACAAUUUCCUGUUGAUCAAACUUCAAAAAGUUUUAGCUAUUCAACAUACGGCACUUCGGUAACACUUUCAAAAGAUUCAGAAAAAACACCAGUUGAAUCAACAGAGUCACGUAUUCGUGUUCGCGUUCAUAGGAAUGCAAAUGGCAAAAAGAUCAUACUUGGCCCAUCAAAACACCAAUCAAAGUCGCGCAAAUUACCAAAUCCUAAUUUUGAUGAUCUCGACCCUCAUUAUAGAUAUUAUGAGAACCCUCCACCACGUGAUAUCGAUCAUUAUGUUCAUGACAUCACAAAUCCAACAGGAAAACCUUUGGAUGAAAAUGAUGUCAAGCCGUUAGAUCUCAAAGUUAAUCAUGCACUCCCUUACAAGCAUAUUGGAUCUGUGAAUGCAGUCCAACCAAAAAAGAAGUCAGGCAAAAAAGGACAAGUUGAAUUUCCAGAAAAUUUCAGAGUUAACAUUCCUGCUAACAGUCGCUUCCUCGGUAGCAAUUAUACAACAUACACUCAUUCUACAAUAGAAUCAAGAACUACAGAUACAAUUGAAUCUUCAAAUAGAUCAAUAGUUUCUCGAGAUCUACAAUUCACAGAAUCGGCACAACGUCCUAAUCUUCAGAUUGCUUCUACUGUAUUGUAUGUUGAUGGUUCUCAGCUUGCAAAUCCUCCUCCGCCCCCAUCUUCUUCAUCAACCAUCGAAGCUGGCUUCAGAUACCCGCAAACAGAAGAGGAAGAAGAGAAAUUUGUAUGGAUACAGAAAUUCAAGGAGCAGCCUCAACUUUUCAUGCCUCGUAAAUUUAGAAUGCACGUGGCUCCAUUUGACGAUGAGCGCGAAGAGCCAUACUUCUAUAGAGAAGAACCAGAUGUCUACGGCGCAUUUCCAACAGAAACUUCGGCCACAUUCCGUUAUGAAAAGCCUCCAACUACAGAAUCAACGAAAGAUAACUCAACUCAAACGAUUUCUACACUUCUUCCAUCAGAACCGAUGCUUCCUCCUCCACCUCCAAUUGAUAACUACGAACUCAAAUCUGAAUAUGAGCCAUAUUCAGACACAAAGAAUUACUCAACCGUUACUUAUACUUAUGCAGAUAGCAGCACAAAAAUCAGUACAAUUAGUAAUAAUGGUAAUUAUUGGAUCAAAGCAAUUCCAGAUAAGAGCAAGAGAGGCUACAAGAGAGAAAAGUUGCCUAAAAAGAAAGGCGAUUCAAAGACUAUUUACUUCUAUAUUCAAGAUAGAGAACAUCCUGGUUGCCAGAUUGAAAUUAAGAAACAGAGAAAGAGAAAAGCCAAACCAACGGAAUAUUACUACGAAUUUUUCGUACAAAGAGAUGGCAGCUUAGGAAAGAGAAAGAGGAGACUUAAUCCUUCUCAUCCUCCAGAUAUGUCUGAAACAAUCAAGGUUCAAGAGAGGAAGAAAUUGGUAACGAAGCCAAAGUAUGCUCCUUUCGAACAAGUUGAGUAUGUUUACGAAUACUACUCAGAUGAUGAAGAUCAAGAUGAGCCAAGGAGAAGAAGAAUCCAAACAGGAAAGAAACUUCCACCAACACUCAGAUAUGAAAUGACCACAAUUUACGAAGAGGAAGAGGAAGAAGAAGAAAGAAUUGAAAUUUAUGAAGAAAAGGAAGACAACAGUCCACUUCCACUUAAGAGGAAACUUGCUCCUCCUCCACCAAAGAAGUCGGCGCCAAAGAAGAAACAAUCUAAACCUCCGCCAAAGAAGAAACCGCAACCAAAGAAGAAGCCAAAGGUUAUCGUGGAGUAUGAACCUGAAGAAGAAGAGGAAAUUCAAGAGGAAGAAGAAAUUGUCAUCGAAUAUUCUGAUGAUGAACCUGCAAAACCACAACCAAAGAAGAAACCGAAGGUAAUUGUUCAAUAUUCAUAUGAGGAAGAAAGUACUCAAGAAGAGAUCCAGCAUGUUGUUGUUGAAGAAGAUUAA